CGCAGAGACUCGCUUGUACCCAUCAACCGCUCAGAACCGUUAUCCAGACCAGUUAUCUACGUUCCAUCGUCUCCUAGCGACGACCGUGUCUUCACACCGUUAACAACGGGACACAGCUAACGGGUCAGCCGCGAAAUAUACUUCUUUUAUUAAGAGGAGAAGCAGCUUCGGUGGAGGAUUUUAUUCUGCAAAUAAAACAAGAUGAAGCUGGACCGGGGUUGGAUGUGGUGCAUGCUGCUCCUUUUCUCUCUGGCUCUGGCAGCUGUGGCGGCCCAGGAGAGUCAGAUGGAGGUCGAUCUUUCUGAUGUAGAAGAUAAUAUGGGCCUGGACGAGGAAGAGUUAAAGGUUCUCAUGGGGGAAGAGGAGGAGGAGGAAGACGAGGAGGCCACAGUGAUAGAUGACGACAACUUUGAUGAGGCAGAUGGCAAGGCCACUGCAGAAGGGGAGGCUGGAACUGAUGGAAAUGUCUCCUUCCAGGUAACAUACAAGACCCCCAUUCCAACUGGAGAAGUGUAUUUGGCAGAGACGUUUGAUGAUGCAUCACUGGACAGAUGGCAGCUAUCAAAGACCGUGAAGGGGGAUGCAGAUGAAGAAAUUGCCAAAUAUGACGGGAAAUGGGCAGUGGAGCAGCUGAAGGAAAACAAAGUUCCAGGAGACCUCGGCCUUGUACUCAAGUCCAGAGCGAAGCAUCACGCCAUUUCAACCAUGUUAAACAAACCAUUUGUCUUCCAGGAUGAACCUUUGGUCGUACAAUACGAGGUGAAUUUCCAAGAUGGAAUCGACUGUGGAGGUGCAUACAUCAAACUUCUCUCUGACACCGACGAUCUCAAUCUGGAGCAAUUCCACGACCGCACAGAGUACACCAUCAUGUUUGGACCAGACAAGUGCGGUGAAGAUUACAAGCUGCACUUCAUCUUCCAGCAUACGAAUCCUUUGAACAAAGACGUGGAGGAGAAGCAUGCCAAGAGGGCAGAUGUUGACCUCAAAAAGUUUUACACUGACAAGAAGACUCACCUCUAUACUUUGGUUCUGAACCCGGACAACAGCUAUGAGAUGCUCAUCGACCAGUCCAGUGUGAGCCGCGGCAGCCUGCUGCAUGACGUGGUGCCUCCAGUCAACCCACACAAAGAAAUAGACGACCCAAAAGACUCCAAGCCAGAUGACUGGGAUGAGCGAGCCAAGAUGCCCGACCCUGAGGCAGUCAAGCCUGAUGACUGGGACGAAGAAGCUCCGGCAAAGAUCGAUGACCCUGAUGCAGUGAAGCCAGAGGGCUGGCUGGACGAUGAACCAGAGUUUGUGCCAGACCCUAUUGCUGAGAAACCAGAAGACUGGGAUGAGGAGAUGGAUGGUGAGUGGGAAGCCCCCCAGAUUCCUAACCCAGCCUGUGAGACGGCCCCUGGCUGCGGGGAGUGGAAGCGUCCUCAGAUCAACAACCCUCAGUACAAGGGCAAAUGGAAAGCCCCUCUAGUGGACAAUCCCAACUAUCAGGGAGUCUGGAAGCCGCGCAAGAUCGAUAACCCGGACUAUUUUGAGGAUCUGCAGCCCUUCAGGAUGACACCAUUCAAGGCUCUGGGCUUGGAGCUGUGGUCCAUGACCUCAGAUAUCUACUUCGACAACUUCAUUAUCACGUCUCACAAGGAGGUGGCCGACCGCUGGGCCUCUGACAGCUGGGGGCUGAAGAAGCUGGUGGCCAGUGCUAACGAGCCGGGGAUUUUUGCUCAGUUGACGUUAGCAGCAGAGGAGCGUCCGUGGCUCUGGGUGAUUUACAUUCUGACAGUUGGACUGCCUGUAGGACUGGCUGUGCUCUUCUGCUGGCCAAAGAAAACAGAAGAUGAAUAUAUGUACAAAAAGGUGGAUGUUCCUCAGACCGAGGUAGAAGAGGAGGAUGAAGAAGAAGAGGAGGCAGCCGCAGACGAGGAAAGCAAAUCGGCCGAGGCGGCAGAUGGAGCAGCAGCUGCAGAACCAACAGAGGAAACCGAGGAGGGAGAGGAGGAAGAUGAGGACGCCGAUGCAGGGGGCGACAAUCUAGAGGAGGACGAUGAGGAAGAGGAGGAGGAGGAGGAGGAGGAGGAGAAAGUAGAAGAGGAAAGCAAAGCUCCUGAGAGAACGUUAGAAGAUGAGGUUGAGCCAAAGGAAGGAGGAGACAUCGUCGAGGAGAGUCACAAACAGUCAGUGAGGAAAAGGAGAGUAAGGAAAGACUGAUGAGGUGAACCCCAUCGCCUCUCCUCGCUCACCUGAUUCGGCGGAGGUGGAAGGGCCCUCUCUGCUGCUGCUCUCCCCCUCUCUGAGCUGAGCAGCAUGAAUUUCCUCACACCACCUGGUAGCCCGCAGUCACCCCGGCUGCCCCAUUCAUAUCUCUCCAUCCCUACAAAUACACCCAUAACAGGUCUGCAGUCUCCCACAGCCUGUCCUAUCUCACCUGUCCUCCCACCUCCCCCUCUCCUUUCUGCGUGCUUGCUGUACUAUCAGAUAAAUCCCAUUGAGAUGUUGUGCAUUUAGCUGUUUUCCCCUCCUCUAUCUUAAACUUCUACUCCUUUAUCCUUCUCUUCUCUAUGCCUUCCUUUUCUAAAUGCCUGCCUAAGAUAUCCCUCCUCUUCCAACUCAGUUCAUGUGUUCCUGGUCUCUGUCAGUCUUCUCUCUGAAUAAAUGCCAUCGUUGAUCAACCUGAGUAUCUCCUCUCAGAGUGAGGGCAGCAGCUGCUCUGCUUUUGUCUACAGUUUCAUACCAUUUCACAGCCUCUCUUAAGGGCCACAUCUCAGAAGUAUGACUUUAUUCUUGUUCCUUAGUUUAAAAAAAAACAAAAAAACAUGCUCUCGGACAUCGUUCCUUCCUUGUUCAAAAUUGUUUGUUCGGGGAGGAGAUGAAGCAAAGGUGCACAGAGCAGCUGUUUGAGAUGUUGUCAGGACAUUUCUGCUGAUGAAUUUCUUUAUCUUAAGUUAUUAAAA